AUGUCUAGUCAGCGUCUUGUCCUAGGCCUCCCACGUGUCUUGCCGUCGCUGCCGCCUUCGCUUGCGCCGCCGUGUGGUCCCUGCGUCGAGGGUCGGCUGCGCGCCGCCCCUCACUCCUCCUCCCUUCGUCCGGCCACCGAGCCUUUUGAGACGCUUCACUUGGACGUCUGGGGCCCCGCCCCUCGUCUAGGCCCUGAGCAUGAGCGCUACUUUCUGGUGGUCGUUGACGACUUCUCCCGCUACACCACAGUGUUCCCUCUGGCGAAGAAGUCUGAGGUGACUUCUACGCUGAUCAGGUGGUUGCUCACCACCGAGGACACUCGUGGUCGUCGUGUCAGCUGCCUCCACUCCGACCGUGGGGGUGAGUUUCGCUCCGGCAUUCUCGCUGGAUUCUGUCGCGAGCAGGGCAUUCGUCAGUCCUGGACGCUUCCAGAGUCCCCACAGCAGAAUGGGGUUGCUGAGCGCCGCAUAGGCCUGGUCAUGGAGAUCGCCCGCACCUCCCUGACUCACGCCUGUGCCCCCCAUUUUCUGUGGCCCUACGCGGUCAGGUACGCCGCGCACCAGCUGAACCUCUGGCCACGUGUCUCUCGACCAGAGGUUUCACCGACCAGUCUUUGGACAGGGUCCCCUGGUGUUGCGUCGCGGUUUCGUGUCUGGGGGUGCUUGGCUCUUGUCCGCGACACCUCCGCGGACAAGCUCUCACCUCGUGCCGUCCCCUGUGUCUUCCUUGGUUUCCCUGAGGACUCCUCUGACUUCACCUUUUACCACCCUCCCUCUCACCGGUUCUUUGACUCCCGUGACGUCCGUUUCGAGGAGUCCACUCCGUACUACGUCAGGUACCCCAGUCGAGGUCUCCAGGUUCCUCCUCCCCCCCUCUUCCUGACUGCCGCUCCCCCUCCUGUUCCCCCGGUACAGCCUCCCCCCCCUGGUCCAGCCCCGUCGGGUGUGUCCCAGGCUACCCCUCCUCCUUUGGUAGCCUCUCCGGUACAGCCUCCCUCCCCACAGUCCUCCUCGCAGCGUGCCGCAGGUGCUAGCUCUCGAGAGGUUGGUGCUGCGCCUGUUCCUGUACCGGUUUCUGGUUCUGGGGGUGGUGGAGUUGGAGCUGGAGUUGGAGCUGGAGUUGGAGCUGGAGUUGGCACUGGAGUUUCUGGUUCUGGGGGUGCUGGGGUUGGAGUUGGAGUUGGAGCUGGAGUUUCUGGUUCUGGAGUUGGAGCUGACCCGGUGGGUGCAGAGGACUCUUGUCGUCCGGGAGCUGGUGCUGGUCGCGCGGACACUGGGGGUGAGAGUGCGCCUCCUUCGGGUUCUGGUGAGCCUGGGUCUGGAGCUGGUGUUAGUGCUGCCUCUGGGGGUGCUGGCGUUGGAGAGAGAGGAGAGGGAGUUACAGCGGCUGGAGGAGCAGCAGCAGUAGCUGGAGCCGCAGGAGCAGCAGCAGCAGCAGCUGGACCCGCAGGAGCAGCAGUCCCAGCAGCAGCCGCUUCCGCAGCAGCAGCAGUCGCAGCAGCAGCAGCAGCAGCCACUUCCUCCUCCUGUCUCGGUUCUCCGCCUUUGUCCUCUCCUCCUCCGUCUCGUUCUUGGGCUACUCGUCGCUCCCCUCGUGCUCGUCCCUCGUCUCCUGUUCCCUUCACUGACCUUCGUACUGCCUUCCUUCUUUCUAGUCCACCUCGUCCGUCUCAGUCUGUGCUUCCGUCUCCUCCUGAGUCGGCCCUCACUGUGUCGCUCCCUACUCCUGUCACUGACUACUACCGCACGUACCGUCCUGUUCUCUCUCGUGUUCUCGCCUCUCUUGUUACUCACCCUCGUACCUCUGUGUCCUCUGUGUCCGCUCUUACUGCCGCAGUUACUGACUUUGCCUCUACCCGCCGCCUUGACUACGCCACCACGCUUGUGGCUGCUCCUCCUACCAGUCCUCUGGCCGUCGGGGGUGUGUCUGCCCUUGGCUGUGACGCCCUAGAGGACAGGCAGUUUGAGCUAGAGUUCCUGGCGGCCGCUUCCCCUCAUCUCUGUGCCAUGCUCCUCGCCCCUGAGGGUGACCCCGACGCCCUUGACAUUCCGACUCCUCGCACUUACGCUGAGGCAGUGUCAGGGCCUUGGGCCUCUCAGUGGAGAGCUGCCAUGGACGCAGAGAUGGCCUCCUACAGAUCCACAGGCACCUACGUCGAUGAGGUUCCCCCCCCUGGGGCGAACGUAGUCGACGGCAUGUGGAUCUACAGGGUGAAGCGGCCACCGGGAUCUCCCCCGGUCUUCAAGGCGCGCUACGUGGCUAGAGGUUUCAGUCAGCGCGAGGGAGUUGACUUCUUUCAGAUCUUCGCACCUACCCCGAAGAUGACCACUCUUCGGGUGUUACUACACGUAGCAGCACAGAGAGACUACGAGUUACACUCUCUCGACUUCUCCACUGCUUUCCUUCAGGGCAGCCUACACGAGGAGGUCUGGUUGCGUCGUCCCUCGGCCUUCACUGGCACCUUCCCUCCUGGGACCCAGUGGAGGCUGAGGCGACCUGUUUACGGUCUUCGCCAGGCCCCUCGUGAGUGGCACGAAACUCUGCGUUCUACCCUCUCUGACCUUGGGUUCCAGCCGUCUUCUGCCGACCCGUCGCUGUUCGUUCGUCGUGGCUCCACACCGUUCUUUGUUCUGGUUUACGUCGACGACCUCGUUUUCGCCACUCCGGACAGGGUUGCUUUGGCAGACGUGAAGUCCGAACUGCAGAAGAGACACACGUGCACUGAUCUUGGUGAGCUGCGCCACUACCUUGGCCUGCAGAUCACCAGGGACAGAGCCGCUCGCACCAUUACACUCUCACAGUCACACAUGGUGCAGCAGGUCCUUCAGCGGUUCGGGCUUCAGCACUCCACCGUACAGCGCACACCUCUCGCUGUUGACCACAGACUCACUGGUCCCUUUCCUGACGAGCCGUUUGAGCCUAGUGGUCCCUACGCAGAGCUUGUGGGUUGCCUCAUGUACCUGAUGACUUGUACUCGCCCGGACCUCGCCUUCCCUCUCAGCAUCCUUGCGCGCUUUGUUGCGCCAGGGAGACACCGUCCUGUUCACUGGACGGCAGCUGUAAGGGUGGCGAAGUACCUAGCGACUACAUCAGGCGUGGGGCUAGUUCUUGGAGGGCAGCAGUCUGUCAUACUCACUGGUCACUGUGACUCCUCUUACGCUGACGACGCUGAGACUCACAGGUCUACUCAGGGGUACUGUUUCAGUCUGGGUUCUGGAGCUGUUUCCUGGCGUUCCACGCGCUCCUCUUCUGUCUCGACCUCUACAGCUGAGGCUGAGAUUUACGCUGGUGCCAUGGCGGCACAGGAGUUGCGUUGGUUGACCUUCUUGCUCGCCGACCUUGGUGAGCGGCCGAGCUCUGCACCGACCUUGCUCACUGACAACAAGGCGUCGAUCCUCCUCUGUCGUGAGCCGCGACUGGAGAGCAGAGUGAAGCACAUUCACGUCAGGUACUUUCUUCUGCGGGAGUUGCAGAGACGUGGACAGGCUCGCUUCGAGUUUGUGGAGUCCGAGGCCAACACUGCAGACAUCUUCACCAAGGCGCUUCCGCCUCGUGACCACCAGAGGUGUUGUGUGCAGUUAGGCCUUGUUGACACAGGUUCUAGUCAUGUGUAG